AAAACUUAACAUCUCCGAAAAAACUAAUUUUUGCCUUUGCCUCACUUUCCUCUCAAAUCCCCCUCUCCCCUUCCCCCACCUUUUCCCUCCUUUUUGCGCCUUCCCCUCCUUCCUCCCCUGUCUCCACCCACCUCUUUCUCUCUCUCUCUCUCUCUCCUAAUGUCUCUCUUCUCCUUCCUUCUCUCUCCCUCCCUCUGUUCAAGUUAUCAUCUUUGCGCCAAAGGGUAUAAAACCCACCAUCCCCUUUCGACCAGACCCCCCGCUAUCUCCCCCGUCUGAGGUGCUGUGAGAGCUUUUCGUCUCCUUUCGUCGCAAGAAGAGGAAGAAGAAGAAGGGAGGCUGGCGAGAUUGGAAGAAUAUAUAUGGGUGGAAAGCGUGUGCGCUACGCAAUAAUCCUGCUAUGCCAUCUCCUCCUAUGCUCAGGUUCAGGGUCGCUUGCGACAAGGAAGGAAGCAGUUGGAUACGCCAAUGAAAUAGCCCAGGGAAAAAAGUACCCCACCUCCUCACCUUCCGGCCAAAAGGACAUCACCGAUCCAGUCACAACUGUCCCCACCAUGAAUCCGGCACCUUUCGCUUCCGCCGAUCCGGUGGUUAACCCGACGUCGAACCCUGAAUUGGCCCCACCGGCCGUGAUCAGCCCCAUCACGUACCCGGCCAUGGCGACUCCGCCCCCAUCUUUGAGUUCCAGCUGGUGCAUUGCGAGCCAGAGCGUGUCUCAGACUGCUCUGCAAGUCGCCCUGGACUAUGCCUGUGGGUACGGUGGGGCCGAUUGCUCGGGAAUUCAGCCCGGUGGGAGCUGUUAUUACCCAAACACGGUGCACGAUCACGCGUCUUAUGCAUUCAACAAGUAUUAUCAGAAGAAUCCUGUUCCCACAAGCUGUAGCUUUGGAGGAACAGCCGUCGUUACCAGCACUGAUCCAAGUACUUCUACGUGUCAAUUUCAAUCCACAAGCUUCAUCAAUCUUGAACACCACGAACUCUAGUGGGGCCACGGUGUUCGGUGCCGUGCCUUCAGGCCCUCCUGCUUCGUCAGCUUCCCAAUUGAGUUGCAUUGUGUCUCUUGUCAUGACACUGAGUUGGCUGAGUUUUGCUUCUGGAAUUUAUUAACCAAGCCACACAUGUACAGCAAUGAGCUUUAGUUGCAGAGACUCUGGAGGUGCCACAAUGGAAUAUAGAGCUAAUUUCUACAAGAUACUUGUGGCGAUCUGGCGGUGUGCCUGACAUUAUACUUCUUGUGACUUGAACUGUCUCGCGACUGCUAAAUCCUUGAUCAGAACGGGGGAUUAAGUAGGGUGAGAUGAGAUGAUGAUCCGAUCUGUUUGUCAGCUGUAGAAGAAGCCUCAGAUUGUUCAUGGUGUGGGGAAAGAACAAUAAGCUUGUCGAUAUUGGAAAUGACUGUAAGACGGGAGUUUUGGUAAGCCCGAGUUAAUACUGGGGAGUGGAAUUACCAUUCAUGUAAUUCGCCUAGAUAUUUCAUCUGGAUCACAUGAUUAUGUAUUGAUUUUUGUCCACAAGUUUGCAGAACACUCAAUUCACCAAUAUGUAUUUCUUAGCGAUUUACAUGAUUAUAGACUGAUCUCUGCGAAGUGUUAA